CGGUUCUACUCGUCUUUGGUAACUAGCAUGCUACUUGACGUUAGCACAGAGAGCUAAUUGGGAGAAAAACAAGGGAAAUUAUGGAGUAAAGUAGAAUCUUUGACGUUACAUUUUAACCGAUGAAUUAACAAGACACAUUUUGAGAUUAAGUCCUAUUUCGUGACGUUAUUUUAGCUCGCUAACAGCCUGUUUAGUUGUAUUAUUCACAGUUAGGCUAGCUAGUGAGGUUAAAGUUAGCUAUGUUUACAGAGCUCAACAGCAUCUUGAACACAACUCCAGACAGCUUCACACAGGGGGAGUUUGUCCUGCUGUCAGACAGACAGAGUGAUGCCUCUUUCCUUAUUCACCACUUCCUCUCUUUGUACCUGCGAGCACGCUGCAAAGUGUGGUUUGUGGGUCUGGUGCAGUCCUUCAAUCAUUACAGUGCGAUCAGUCAGAGACUGGGUGUCAGCCUAACACAAGCCAAGGAAAAGGGUCAGCUGGUUUUCUUAGAGGGACUGAAGGAGUCGCUCUCUGUGUUGAUUCCUGAAGACACCGACCCAGGAAGUCAAGCCAUGGACUUCCUCAGGGAUCCUUCCGUUGGCCUGAAGAGUCUCUACGAGUUUGUCCGGUCCAGUGCGACCAGUUCCAGCGUCGGGGAACAUGAGGCGGAGGAGAAGUGGGGACCCCCGGUGCUGCUGGUGGAUGACCUCAGCGUGCUGCUGAGUCUGGGGGUGAGCGUUGGAGCCGUGCUGGACUUCAGCCACUACUGCCGAGCCACCGUCUGCUCCCAGCUACAGGGCAACGUGGUGAUGCUGUCCCGCUGUGAUGGGGGAGAAGAGGAGGACGACGGAGAUGAUGAAGGCUCAGAGAGACUUCUGAAGGGCCUGACCCACCAGUGUAGCCUCACUCUUCAUGUACAGGGUCUCCCCACCGGCUACUGCAGGGACAUACACGGGCAGGUAGAAGUGUGCUGGAGGAGGAGACAAGGCGAUGGGCAUCACACUCAGAAGAAACUCUUUCAGUACAAGGUCCAUGACAAAGGAGCCUCCUUCUUUGCUCCCGGGACGUCCAGCGCUGUCCUCUAGUUCCACCGUUCAGCGUCCUUGUUUUGCCUUUUGUCUCGUUUACACGGUGACAUCUGACUGUUAUAUUUUAAAGUCACCUGACAACACAAGCGGGGUGUUUAGCUGCCAAAGUAGUUGGUGUACCGGACAAAUCCGCCAACCAUAGUCGGGCUUUACGUUUGGAUGCUCGCCAGUGUGUCAACGACCCAGCCUGGACCUCAGACUGUCCGGAGGAAGGACGCAGUAAUGCUGCCAGCUGUUCGCCUGCAUCUAGACCUCUGAACUUCUUUUUUUCUUUCAGCUAUUCGAAGGUAUAACUGCGAACUCAUGCCAUUGUCAAUAUUUGGUUACUAGUUGAAUCUGUUUUUUUGUGCGCAGACAUGCACUGAAUGCAGACAUGCAGGCCUGCACUGAAUGCAGACAAGCAUGCAUGCAAACCGUUAUAUAUUUGUGAUGGUAAGUGGACAUUAAUGGACCGACCAAUAAACAAAAAAUACACAUUGGUCAAAGUGAGUGCUGGUAUGUGGCUGAGAGAAUAACAAUGAAUACAUGAGUUGAUUAUUCUUUACCAUGAAUGGGUUUUGGUUGAAUAUAAUAAAAGUGUAAGAUGUUGUAAUUGUCUGCGUGAACACUAGAGGUCGCCCUCUCAUCGCUCGUCCUGCUGCAGGAGGUGAGAGGUCGGAGUGGAGAGGGUGAGACGUCUCUCUGGGAUUUGACAACCAGUAUUUCUAAAAACGCUGCUCCUUGCAUGUCAGCGGCCGAGGCACACACAAGAUAGCCUUCUUUACUAAUUCACAAAACAAAGGAAUAACACGACGGGUUGCUUUGCCAGUUUACCCAGAAGAAGCAUCACCGCAAG